UGUGAACUUAGGUCAAUAUUUUGAAGUAUGAACUAUGAAUUGAACUAGUUCAUUUUAAAAUUUGUGAACUAAACUUUGAACUAGUUCAUGUAGAAAGUGAAUUUUCCCAACACUGCGCUCAGGCACCUCGCCCCAUUGGGCUUUCAGGUCAACUGGGUGGAGAGCUAUCUCUGUUUCUGUACAACAUACUUGCACGCCUUACAGAGGAAUGUGCACCUCUUAUGGAACGGCUGAAAUUCCACAAAGGGGUGUAUUUGUUCCUCAGAAGUUGUACAAUAAACAUGACAUCCGAAUAUAUAAUUGUAAAUCGUGAAUGAAAAGUGAUAUUCAAACGAAUGUCCGGAGAGAACUAAUUGUAUACAGUAUUUAUAUCGUAAUUCGGUCAGGAACGUCAAGAUUGUGAGGCUUUGGAUUUAAAGGCUUGGAUAUUCCAUAUCCUUGGACUUUUGGGGAUUUAUGAACAAUUUGUUUCGGACAAUUUCACCGAAGCAGAUAAAGGGAAGAUUUUGAAGACUUGUUUUUGGUCCUCCAUGUGCCUUCCAAUUUAUACAAUCCUGAAAUAACCUCUGGUAUGGGACAAGGGAACAGAAUUACCAUGAAAGUUCCACAUUCAACUAUUUCUUCAGUUCACAGAUACAAAGUGCCGGUAAUUUGUAUCGUGCUGAUAUUUUUGUUGACGACUGUAUGGAUAUUUCUGGAUCGUGGUCAGAAGCAAAAAUUCCAGCUUCCCAUACCCAGACCCCAUUCACAGACAAAACACAUACAAACAAAUGCAUCAUCAACAAUUUCAGUGCUUGACAUGGGAAUCAGUGAGGAAGAAUGGGAUAGACUACAGAAGGCUAUUGACUGGCCAAGUCCAGACCAAGAAAUCACACAGCUGGAGCAGAGCACAAGUCCAGUUCACACAACAUUCACUAUUGUGGGACUCAAUGAGACUUACAAAGUGGGAGAGAAGAUUCGUGUUAUUAUCACAGCUAGAGAUCACAACAAGAACUUAAAAUCAUAUGGAGGUGAUUUUUUUCAAGCAAAGCUUUUCAAUUUAAACUUAAAGGCAGGUGUUUAUGGGAAAGUUGUUGAUCACCGCAAUGGGACAUACACUGUUGAUCUUCUGCUACCCUGGGAAGGUCAGGCACAAGUGUCUGUGCGACUGGUCCACUCCAGUGAAGUUUUAAAGUUUACUAAAAAAUACUGGGAAUCCUCAAUUGCACGCAGCCAUUAUUAUGGUCACUUUGAAGGACCAGGACCUGAUGGAGUCAUGAUAAGUGAAAAAGUGGAAUGUAAUCUUAAAUGGGGCCCAGACGGAAGUUGGAUUAAAGGCAACUGCUGCUGUGAAUAUAAAGAUGUAAAAACAGGAACGGUAUGGCAAUGUGAGAGACCAAAGAACCUUACCUGUGACUACUGGGUGUAUCAUGAAAGAGGACCAAUGACAAGUCCGUUAACUCCUUUUGAGAAGCAACUCAUUUCAGGAAAAUUAACAAAUGUUCGCAUUCCUGGAGAAACUCAAAUUAUAAACAUCCUCCCCAGUACUGCAGGCAAUGGCACAACAGAAAGAUGCAGAUCUGGUCUGACCACACCAGUUCCUGCAGGGUUUUAUUUUAAAGAUGUCUGGAAGUCCUUUGUGUGUAACACUCAAAGUUUUAGUUCACCAGAAAUGACAAAUUGUCUUAAAAACAAGAUGAUUUACUUGAUGGGAGACUCUACCACAAGGCAGUGGUUUGAGUUUUUAAAAAGAAAAAUGCCAGGUCUGACAACAAUUAAUCUUCAUGUUAGUCCCCUAAAUGGCCCCUUGAUGGCUGUGGAGUUGAAAAAUAAUAUCAUUAUUCACUGGAGGCCACAUGGUUUGCCUCUGCAAUUUCGUAAAAUGCCAGCUGCUGACCUGCAUUAUCUCAGCAAUGAAAUUGAUUCUAUAACAGGUGGUCCUCAUGUGGUUGUUGUCUUCACAAUAUUUGCCCACCUGGUUGUUCACCCUAUAACGUUUUAUGUACAUAAAGUGGCCAGAAUUCGUCAAGCUGUGGUUGCGCUAUUGAAGCGUGCACCAAAGACCACUGUCAUUAUCAAGUCUGGCAACACCGGACACGCAAAGAAUGAAUUAGGAAAUGACUGGCACAGGAUGCAGUUAAACACCGUAUUGAGAGAGAUGUUCAGAGAUGUUAAGGGAGUUGUCUACUUUGAUGUCUGGCAGAUGACUUCAUGUCACUACGCACCUGAAAACAUUCAUCCAGCCGGUGUAAUCGUCAGCAAUGAGAUUGACAUGUUGCUCUCAUAUAUCUGUCCUUCUUGACACAUGUAAAAUAAAAGCAAAUAUUUUAUUUAUUCAAAAAUCAUUUACUCUCCUAACAACAUCAAACUUUUAAACAGGGUGAUCGGUGUCAAUUAUUCUUUGUUUAAAAAAUCUAUUUAUUCAUGUCCUUCAAAAGCUACAUUUCCCAGAAAACAAAUUCAUAACUCUAAAUUAAUCAAUUAUGUUGUAUUACAGUUGUCUUCAUUGUGUUGAUAAUACAAUAAAGUUAAAUCUUUGGCAUUUGUGUUUCUGGGCUCUAUCUUACGGCCAGGCCCGGAUUAAGAAUUCGGAGACCCCUGGGCAGGGCCGUGCACAGACAUUUUGAGGGGCAGUGGCCCAAACCAAAAAGGGGGCACGGGGGGCACAAUUUAUAUGGUUUUAACAAUAUGAUGUGUUAUAGAUUAGUAUCAAAUAAUAUAAGUGAUUAUAAUAGAAAAUAGACUUUAUAACAAGAUUUAGAGUGUGACAAAACUUCUUAAUAUUCUAUAUGAUUUACAUGCAGAAGUUUGAAUCCAUGUUUGCAAUUUUGAACAGCUUUUGCAG